AUGGAAAAAGCCACAUUAAACAGCAUCCAGAAAUCCGUCUGGGAGGGCCAGAUCCCUCUAAAGAUUGUCCUUGCUCCAUCUGAGAGCCGUACAUACGACCAGACAGACCCCUAUCUUAUCUCCUAUCCUCGAAUCUCAUAUCUACCGUCUCUCCUCCCGAGGCUGAAAGCCUUCUUCUCUUCAUCCCUCAUUGACCCCACUGCUUCACAGCCCCACGACGGCUGGUUUUCCUUUGAAGGCGUCCCGCUGAAAUGGCACUACCCCGUUGGCCUGCUCUAUGAUCUAUAUGCGGGUGCCGAACCAGCGACGAAAUCAAGCGAGACUGAGGCACUAGAUGACGAGCAGCUCCCAUGGCGACUUGUCGUGCAUUUCGGCGACUGGCCUGAUGCAGAGCUUGUCCGGCUUGAUGCCCAAGGAACGGUCAUGCACGAUGCAUUUAUUAACAGUGUUAAAGAGGCUGAUUUUGUCCGCAACGGAACAGCGAAAGGGAUAAUGACACUUUCGAAAGAUGACUCGUCGGGACUGUGGAAGGCUGUCCAGGAUGUCGACCUCCCCUCUUUCCAGCGCAUAAUGAACAUUCUCCUUCCGCCAAACCCACACCAGCCGCUCCGCAACCUCCCGGUCCGGCUCUUUCUCCCUCUUCCACCGAAACCGGACUCGAACUCGGACUCUCCUUUUCUCAAGGUCGUGCAAUCGCCCAUCCCCCCAACAAUAUCUACAACCCCGUCACAGCUGCAACGACAAAUGGCGCAGUCAACUCUUUCGUCGUCGGGAGUUUCAGGAUCAUCACCGGGCGCAGCGCAACCGCAACCGCAGACGCAAACAAUUGGCACUGCGCUCCACUCCAUACUCCCGAAUUUAUUCCCCAGUCGCCGGACGCCUGUCAUUGCGAAACCGGUGCUGCAUGGAGCGCAGGUGCCGAUGUCCGCGCCUGUGGAGGAGGUGGUCAGGGCGGCGGCUUAUGGGGAUGGUUGGGUUUAUAUCGUGAUUCGGAUGAUGGGGUGA